GUCUCAAGUCUCAUCACUCAUACGAAAACAUCAGAAACAACGCACCUCCAGUGUAAGUCUUGCCCGAAGACAGAAUAGGAAACUCGUAAAACGGCUUAGAAAGGCCCUUGAAGCGGAAACCCUCAUAGUUGUUGUACACGUGGGGAUAAGUCGAGCCUCCAGCAGUGCUGCCAGCCCGGACGUAGUUGCAGGCAGCGUUGGAAGCGGCGCUGACAGCGCUGGCGCUGUAAAAGACCUUGCCGCAGGUGGCGGUGUCUCUCUUGGUGAGCUCAUCCAAAGGAGCGGCGCUGGCAAAGGCGACGAGGGAGAGGAGGCUGAGGAACUUCAUCUUGGCUGGUGAUGGUGGAGUAUAGGCAGAGAGGUGGGAGGACAAAGAUUGGUGUGACAAUAGUGGAAGGACAAUGGCAGAUGUCAAUGGAAAUCCGGAAAGUAACGCCGUUUUAUACUCGAUCUGCCAUGAUUCAAUUUCGUCUUGUCCAACGUCUCACAAUCUCAUCUCGCCUGCCAACUCUGGCCCAAGUGCGAAGCUACUACAAUCCAGCACCAUCAUCAACCUCCUCACAUCUUACACCAGCGGAUCCGCAAAAACACUCAAUCCUACUAUUUUCUACAACACAUCAAUCACAUCGAUAUACAUCUUCGGUUCCCCUUUGAGGUUGGAAUAUUUCCCUCCCGCAUCAAACACCGCGAAUCUCCCCCGCCUAAUGCGCCGCCGCCUCUCUUGGCCCUUCUUGGCACUCUCGCAUACCGACAUCUCCGACACGCACUGCCAGCCAUUCAGCGUCUGGAUCUGCAGCCAUGUGCGACAGGUGAAUCCCAAGCCGGGAGAGGUUGCGCAACUGGGAAGGUCAAGAAGAUAUAAAUGGAAAGCAAGCAAGCUGCAGAGAUCAGUCCGGCGGUGGCGGAGCUCUCCGGAGAGAUUACCGUGCUAGCAUGCUGUAUGGAUGGAUGGACUUGUAACUAGAGAAUUGCUUCGAAGAUAGAAUUUGUCCAUUGGCGGGAAAUAGUCUCUAAAUUUACUAGUUUGGG